UCUGUUUCAUAGCACAUGUUUCAUCACAUCGUCACACACACGCAUGGCGUCCACUAACACACAACUACAGCGCACAGCCCUCCCCUGUAAAUUCCACAUCGCAGCCUUACACCUGCCCCCCCAAAAACAAGCACCAACAGUGGGGCACUGCCCAGCAUCCCAAAAGGGAAAUCAGAGCUCCACCUCUGACGACAAGCUCAAUUUUUUUUCCACAGCAUCACCACCACCACUAAUUGUUAUCUGCUGUAACAUCAACCCUCCGCCGGCACGGCUGUAUUCGUAUGACAUAGAAAGCCCCUGUCUGCCCAGCAUGCGGAAUCUUCGGACGCUUCACUUUGGCCGCUGGUCUGCCGCCGACAUCACCGCCGUCUGCUGGGACCCCGAGACGGACGAGCUUCUCUGCACCGUUGGCCCGACCCCAUCCAGCCCCUCCAUUGAGCUCAUUCGAUUGACCAAGGGCGAUGUCAUCACACAAACCCCCAUUACCAACUGGGAAGCACCCAGUCCGACGCCCGACCUCGACGCCGAUCGAGUCAUCAGCCUCCACCACCUCGCCAGCACCGGAACAACAUGCCUAAUCCUCGAGGGCGGCGACAUCAUUACUAUCGCCACGGAUAUGAGCGGCUCGCCGGAGAUCGAAAUCGUUGGGUCCAUCGACGCAGGCAUUGCUGCUGCCCGCUGGUCGCCUGACGAAGAGCUGCUGCUCGUGGCGACCAAGGCCGAUACCGCCAUCUUCAUGGGCAGCUCGCUCGAGCCCAUUGUCGAAGUCAAACUGACCGGUGAGGACCUCAAGGCUAGCAAGCAUGUCUCUGUGGGAUGGGGCAAGAAGGAAACGCAGUUUGAAGGCCGUGGUGCCAAGGCGCUGCGCGACCCCACCAUCCCGCUAAAGGUUGACGAAGGCCUACCCAGCGCACACGAGGACGGCAGUGUAUCGGUUAGCUGGAGAGGAGAUGGUGCCUAUGUUGCUAUCAACUCGGUGCAAAAGGAUGCGAGACGAGUGGUCCGUGUCUUUUCUAGAGAGGGAGAGCUGGACAGUGCUAGCGAGCCUGUCGACGGUCUCGAGAGCCCGCUGAGCUGGCGUCCUUCUGGAAACUUGUUGGCGGGCAUCCAGAGACUGUCGGAUCGUGUGGAUGUCGUCUUUUUCGAACGAAACGGUCUUCGCCACGGUCAAUUCACUCUCCGCUCGUCGCAGACCGAUAUCCUCACAUCGAGUACCAAGAUUACUCUCGAAUGGAACUCCGACUCGACAGUCUUGGCUGUCAUCCUGCACGACACCGUACAGUUUUGGACCAUGGGCAACUACCACUGGUACCUCAAGCAGGAAAUUCCCAAGCAAGGUAGUCAGUUUGGUGCCCUGGCGUGGCAUCCGGAGAAGGCGCUUCGAUUCGCAGCCGCGUCCCCAGACAGCGUUCUUGUUGGCGAGUCUAUCUUCCAAGCAGCUCGAGGCUCUUGCGCCACUCCCAACGAUACGGGCUCUGUCGCUGUAAUUGAUGGAACUACCAUCAAGCUCACCCCUUUCCGCACAGCAAACGUUCCUCCACCAUAUUCCAUGCACGAUCUCGAGACGGCUACGUCUGUCAUUGACGUUACCUUUACCAAGCAAAACACAAUCGUUGCCGUCCUGCACCAUACUGGUGUUGAUAUUUACGAAUCCCCCAUCAAAGGGGGCCGCUGUAUCAAGCCAACCCUUCUUCGCAAGGUUGCCUUUGAGACUCCUAGUGGCUACUUUCUUCCCCUCCACGUGGCGACUGUUGACCAGAGCAAUGUUCGCUGCAUCAUCCAACAAGACGAAUCGCAGAUCCACCUUAACUGCAAUGUCGAGACUGGCGAGCUGACACCUGUCGAUUCUACUGCCAUCAUUGCAUCUACAGCUACGUUUGAAACGGAUGCAGUAACAGAGGGCUACGCGCAGGAUGGCAACGGCAACAUCUACAAGCUAACCGCCAACGACACCGAGAUGAUCACAAAGUUCCCCGUCGAGCUGCCCUGGUUUGAAGUGACAAAGGACGAGUACGACGAAGUAAUGCCUAUCGGUCUUUCUCGCAGCGGCCACAUUUACGCAGGCAUCCGCCAGCUCGCCAAAAACUGCACAUCCUUUGUUCUGACACCAGACCAUCUCAUCUUCACAACCAGCAACCAUCUCGUCAAAUACGUCCACUUGACAAACGCCAGUGAACUCGAAGUACCAGAAGACGACCCCGAGGCUGACGAACGAUGCCGCAGCGUCGAACGCGGCUCACGCCUCGUCACGGCCAUUCCUACAAAGGCCAGCAUCAUUCUCCAGAUGCCCCGCGGUAACCUUGAGACUAUUUUCCCUCGCGCCAUGGUUCUCGCUGCGAUCCGCAAGCUCAUUGACGCCGAGGAUUACGCGGGUGCCUUUGCAUACUGCCGCACACAACGAGUAGACAUGAACCUGCUGUGCGACUACAAGCUUGGCCAGUUUCUUGCAAACGUCUCCCUCUUCCUGGACCAGCUCCAGGACAUUUCCUACAUUGAUCUCUUCCUCUCUUCUCUCCGUGAGGAAGAUGUAACGCAAACCAUGUACCAAGAUACCCGCAAGCGCACCACCACCACAGCCCCCGAAGAAGCCGAACCUAUCCAAGGCUCCAAGAUCAACACCGUCUGCGAUGCCAUCCUCAAGGCCCUGCAACCCAAGUCUUCCACCAACCUCCAAAACAUCAUCACCGCCCACGUCUGCAAGAACCCACCCGCUCUCGAAGACGGCCUGCGCCUCGUUGCGUCCCUACAAUCCCAAGAUACCAAGCUUGCCGAAAAGGCCGUUGAACACAUCUGUUUUCUGGUUGACGUCAACCGUCUGUACGAGACCGCCCUGGGCCUCUACGACCUCGACCUCUCCCUCCUCGUAGCGCAGCAAUCGCAGCGCGACCCCCGCGAAUACCUCCCCUUCAUGCAGCACCUGCACUCCCUCACACCCAUCCGCCGCAGCUUCGAGAUCGACGACCACCUCAACCGUCGCGAAAAGGCCCUCGGCCAUCUCAAGACGCUCGAUACCUUUGACGAGCUGUGUGACUACACCACCAAGCACUCUCUCUACCACGCCGCCCUCCAACUCUACCGCUACGACACCCCGCGCCAGCAAUCCCUCACAGCCCUCUACGCCGCACACCUCGAGGCCACCUCCAAGUUCCGCGAAGCAGGCCUUGCCUACGAAUCCCUCAAGAACUACGAGAAAGCCACGUCGUGCUACCGCACCGCCGGCUCCUCGUCAUGGCAAGAAUGCCUGUUUGCCGCGCAGCAGGCCAAGCUCACACCCGACGCCUUUGCCGACCUCGCGUCCACCAUGGCUGAGGCCCUCUACGAGUCCAAGAUGUACGCUGAAGCAGCGACCAUCCACGACCAGCACCUGGCUGCCCUCGACGCCGCCAUCCGCUGCCUCUGCAAGGGCUACCGCUUCGCAGAGGCCAUGCGCCUGACGUCUCUCCGCGCACGCCCGGACCUUCUCGCAUCUGCUGUUGACCCGGGCAUCGCAGAGGCAAUCUCCAGCACGACUGAGUUCCUCGCCGACUGCAAGGCCCAGCUCGGCGCACAGGUCCCGCGCAUCAAGGAGCUGCGGCUCAAGGCCGAACAGGACCCGCUGGCUUUCUAUGAAGGCGAGCGUCCUGGCGGCGCCGACGUACCUGACGACAUCUCCGUCGCAGCUUCAUCGCGCAUCAGCACUGGCGCCAGUCUGUUCACGCGGUAUACAGGUAAAGACGGCUCCGUUGGCACCGUAGGCACAGGCGUCAGUCGCGCAACGUCCAAGAACCGAAGGCGCGAGGAGAAGAAGCGCGCUCGCGGCCGCAAGGGCACCGUCUACGAGGAAGAGUACCUGGUCAACAGUGUACGCCGCCUCAUUGAGCGCGUGCGAGAGACAAAGGACGAAGUUGAGAGACUUGUGGUGGCGUGUGUGCGCCGCGACAUGAUGGAGCGCGGACGUAAUGUCGAGGCAUUGCUGGAAGAUGUGAUUGCUGCAUGUGAGAUUGCCAUUGCAGAUGUCUUUAAUGCCGCUACUCAACAGCAAACUACAAAUGCUGAUGAUGGCGAGAAUACGUGGAAGGCUACUGGUGGCGAUGCCGUGUUGCAAGACUGGGCGGUCGCGCGGAAUAAACUCCUCGAGGCGCCGACUAUUACCAAGAUGGAAAAGUUGGCGUUGUUGGGGUAGAUGUUAUCGCUGUGAAUUUUGUAGAUACGAUAUAUAGAUGAAUAUGGCAGAAUGCCCUUCAGAUACGAUGGAUGGAUGGAUGGAUGAGUAUGGAAUUUCAGUUACUUGGAAGUAAAAACGCAAAUUUUAUCACGACGCACGCGCAAAAGUGCAUUCGUUUUAGACAGUCAUAUACAUUAUAUUCGCUCCGAUACUCCGACCCGACAUAUAUAUAACGCGUAGGGCAAUAUGAAAGGUUAAAAAAAACACAAAAUAUCCCAUCCCGUCCCUGAGGCCGUCAAGUCCCCUCCCUCGUUAGUGAUGCUCGCCCGGAUGCUCGGACGCCUCUUCAAACUCCUCCUCGCCUUCUUCUUCCUCUUCCUCUUCUUCUUCCUCCUCAAACUCCUCCCCAUCCUCGGGUAGCAGACCGUUCAUGCGGUCCCAGACCUCCUUACGAAUCUUCUCGUCCAUGGCUACGCGCGUGCGCUCGACUUCUUCAAAGCCGCCAGACUUCUUCAGCUUGCCUUCGCCGACAAACUCUUCAAUUUCGCGCUGCAUCGGGUUGCCCUUGCGGUUCAGCAGCUCCUUUUGGCGCAGCUUCUCGGCGCGCUCAAUCGCUUCGAGACGGUCUUCGUGGUUGGGCUGCAGUGCGCGCACUUCACCGAGCAUGUCUUCCUUGGCGGCGCCCUGGUCGAUGCUGUUACCUAAGUUGGCGAGGCCCUUGGAGAAUGAGCGGCCGCCGCCACCGGCAGAGGGAUCCUUAAGGUGCUCCUUGCUGGCUUGCUCGACGAGUGUGAAUGUCUCCGAGGCCUUGUCGAGAUCGUCGCGCAAGUCGACGAGUAGAUCCUCCAUAAGGCGCAGCUCGUCGCGGCCCUGGCACACAUCUUCCAGCUCCUUCUCCCAGAUCUUGGUCCAUAUGGGCUUCUCAUUGGUCAUGUACUGCUCCAUGCGCGUGAGCUCCUUGUUUAUCUCCUCGAUGUCCUUGUUGACAGAGGCGAUCUGGCGGGGAAGAGGGCGCACGCCGCGCUGGGCGAGAUCCUUGCGCAAGUCUUCAAUGAGAUCUUGUAGAUCAUCGACCUUACCGACGAGGUGGUCGGAAUCCGUGUUGAGCUUCUUGCGGCCAUUGGUGACGUACGAGUAGCCAGCGUCACCGUCAAUGUUGGGCGCAGCAGCUUUGGAGGCGGCAGUUUUGACAGCAGCGGCCUUUUGGCGGAUACCAGACAUGGACGACUGGAUGUCGGACUGGAAGGUCGAGUAGGUCUGGCGCAAAACGGCAAUGUCUCGUCGCAGGGUCUGGAUUUCCGUCAGAUGGCCAGCAGCCAGCUUGGGUCCGCUGUUAAUGGAUCGCGAACUGUCGCUAGAUGGUACUGUGGCUGGUGAUGCUGUAGCCAAGCGCGCCAUAUCGUUGGACUGUUGCUGCUGACGCUCAGAUACCCGCUGCAGCGUGGCAGCUUGGUCGUCGUAGUUUUGCUUCAUCUGCUUCACCAUUGUCGUAAGAGUCGAUAGUCCGUCGUCAAAGUGCUUCUUGACCUCGUCCAGAGCCUCAACAUUCAAAACCAGGACGGUUCUAUCCUUGAUGUCGCUCAAGUCUUCCAGCUCAUGGCGGACGCCAGACACUGGAUCCUGGAUAUAAAUCUCGGGCAAGUCGGUUCCAUUUUGUUGCGUAUUCCAUGAAAACUUCUCAAUAAAGGCCAGCUGAAGACGGCCCAAGGAAAGCUCAUCUCUGCCCUCAGGCAGCACAAUCUUCUUAAUCUUUGAUUUGUAUUGCAGGAACAGUGUCAGAUCCUUUGUCGGCGUCGGCGGGGGGGAUACUUGGAAAUACGCUUCGCCGGGCUUCACAUCCGAACGAUUCGAUUGCUUGACAUCGGUUUUCGAGUCGCCGUCAGAGGGCUUGUUGUCGUCCAUGUACAUGGAAGGGUCUGUGAGAGGUCCAGAAAUGGUAGCAGAUGGUACAUAUUUGUCAGGCGAUCGACCCUCGGGGCUCAUAUUCCGCUGCUCAUCGCUAGCAGCUGGUUGCUCAAAGGCAGUCUCUGGUGCGCGCAUGGGCGACGACGCCAGCUUCGAAGGAGUCCUGCUGUGCCUAACCGAUUCUCGCUUCUGGACGGCACGAAGCGACUCGCGCGCCUCUUUACGGCCGCGAUUAGGAAUUGGUGAAUUUUGAGGUGGCAGGAUGGGCACUCCGCUUCCGGAUGCACCCAGGUGCUUAGAGAUUUGGUAUUGAGAGUAUCUUCGAGAAGCGCGUCGCUCCAAAUCGCCUCCCUUUUGUAGAGCAGCCAUGGCGCUAGAUUGUUGAGGAUCGGGUGGUGGCGGCGGGAAGGAAUCGGGGUUGACGUCGAGCAGCGAGGAAGCUGUCGUGCUGGUAGACAUGCCACCAUUGUCCGGAGGGUAUGGCAACUGAGCAUCUUGACCUGGCAGCUCGCCGGGGAGCUUUGGUUGCGACGACUCUCUCGAUACGGGCUUUCGGGUGGGUGAGUUGUUCAUGGUCGGUUCGGGUCUGCGGCCAUCUUGGGCAUGGCUGCCGGCAUCGAUGCCAUCGUUAAUCAUACUCGUUAAGCCGUUGCUGCCGCUACUUGUGACUGUGCUGACGCUGGUCGAUCGUUCGGGUAGCCCCUGGCCCUCGCGCUCGCGACCUUGUCUCUGUCGUAAUCGUUGCUGUUUUCGUUUCAGGCCGUGAAGAAGAUUGAUGAUGAUGUCUCGUAUUCUAGGCAGGUACUUUUCCAAGCUCUCGGAGCUUGCCUCUUGGCUGAGAGUAGCCUCGAGGAUACUGCGCAAGAGAUCGGGAACGUUUCCAAGAUCGGAUGUGUCGACAUUGAUGGCUGUGAAGGCUCGGCAAGCCAUGUUGAACUCGUAUCCGAGGCGGACGUAGACGUCGGAGACCUGCGUGUCGGUAGCCUGGCCGCGGGACCAUUGCGUGAGUGUUUCGAGCAGUUGCUUCGUGGCGACUAGGAGGUGCGUGACGCUCUUUUCUAUCUGCGAGAGGGGCACCGAGCUUGAACCACUCGAGCUCUGGAAGAAUGGUGGUUAGUAUUACGUCUUGGCAGUUAUGACCACUUGUGGUGAGAGAAUCAUGGCAUUGACGUCAGAGACCCCCAGGGAAAGAAGAGGGAAGCUUACUUCACGCGUCGACUUCCUUACGCUGCCUCCUUGCGUAGAGGACCUAACAGAGGAGAUGGACGCUCUGGGCUGGACACCCUGAGGAGGCGACAUUGGGCCAUUGUUGGGAGCUGGGCCAGGGUCUUCUGUCGGGGAGCGGCGCAUAGAAUAGCCCCGCUGGGACUGCAUCUUGGAGGGUAUAAUAAAUCAGUCGGGAUUACUGUAGGUGGUGAUUGGAGGGUUGGGUGAGAGAUGGCGACGCCUGUUUUCUGCUUCGAUUCGCCGUGCAGUCGUCGUUGGCGUGUGCGUGCUGCUGGUUGGGCAGAGGAUGGUGAUGCAGUUGAACACGAGGAUGCUGCAGCCGGAAAGGGGAAGCGGGAAAAAAAGAGUGAGAGCUCCUUGGUCGUGGCUUGAUGCGUGUGCCGGGGUUAUCAAUGAGUGUGCGGCGGCGGCGAUUUAUACAAGUUGAGAGGGGAAAAAAUUAAUACAAAGAAAAUUAAUGCGUUUUGUCGUUGCCUUUUAUGUCGUUUCUUUCUUCGUUGUCGCGUGUAAAGGGAAGAAGAGAAAAAGAAAAUACAAGGAG